GAAGAAGAGGAGGAGGCAACCUCUGGGUAGCAGAUCUUGAAGCUUGUGAAGAGGAUGGACAAUUGAAGUUGCGGAGGCCUUAACAAAAAAGGCUUUGCCACGGCUCGCGGAGAUGUCUUCUGUAAAGUCUCGGCAAAACCGCUGGGAGUGGGAAGAUGAGCUGCUGAAGAACCCCGACGCUUUGCACGUUUCUUCCUUGCCUUCGACAUGGCAGAAUUGAUCAGGGUCGCAACAAUGAAGACAUGUUGUCAUGAGCUUGGACCACUUGCCUCCAUAGUCUUAUGUCCUCACCAGUGAUGAUGCCUGCUCCCCUUGAGGACGACGAGUUCACACCUCUGCUGCUCCUCCUCCUCUACUGGCAGGGGACGCCAGUCUCUGCUGCCUCAUUAUGGGCCACCUGAAGCUUUCCGCAACGCUGCGAGACAACAUCCUCAUGGCGAACAAUUCCCUUGGCUCCCAGGUGCCUCCAAAUCCUAAACCAACAGCCGUGACCCCAGAGAUCCUUAACGGCAUUAGUCUACCCCUGCAGGUUUUCUUUGGCUUUGUUAUGGUCGGAAUUUUGCUGUUUGCUCUAUUAGGGAACAUGGUGGUGUGCCUGAUGGUCUACCAGAGAUCAUCUAUGCGCUCGGCUAUUAACCUUCUCUUAGCGAGCCUUGCGUUUGCAGAUAUGAUGCUUGCCAUUCUCAACAUGCCAUUUACGUUAGUUACCGUCAUGACUACUGACUGGAUUUUUGGGGAGGUUUUCUGUCGGAUUUCAGCCAUGUUCUUUUGGCUCUUUUUAAUGGAAGGAGUGGCUGUUCUGCUUAUAAUAAGCAUAGACCGCUUUCUCAUUAUUGUCCAGAAGCAAGAUAAGCUGAGUCCACAGAGUGCCAAAGUGCUUAUACUAGUCACAUGGGGAGUUGCUUUUUUUUUCUCCUUUCCUUUAGCGAUUGGUUCCCCUCGCCUACAGAUCCCCCCAAGGGCACCUCAGUGUGUUUUUGGCUAUAGCACUCAACCAGAAUACCAUGCUUAUGUAUUGAUUUUAAUGCUAGUCUUCUUCUUUAUACCCUUCAUGGUCAUGUUGUAUACAUUCAUGGGAAUUCUAAACACCAUCCGUCACAACACAGCUCGUAUCCACAGCCACCCGGACAGCACGUGCCUGAGCCAAGCCAGCAAACUGGGCUUGCUGAGUCUGCAGAAACCCUUUCAGAUGAACAUCGACGUGAGUUUUAAGACACGUGCCUUUGCCACCAUCCUCAUCCUCUUCUCUGCGUUUACAGUGUGCUGGGCACCGUUCACUGCCUACAGUCUCGUAUCGACGUUCAAUGAUGAUUUCUACAACAGAGACAGUUUUUUUCAAGUCAGCACAUGGAUGUUAUGGUUGUGCUACUUAAAAUCAGCCCUCAAUCCUAUUAUUUACUACUGGAGAAUCAAAAAAUUCCGGGAUGCUUGUCUUGAUCUCAUACCAAAGUACUUCAAAUUUCUUCCUCAGCUGCCGGGCAACACAAAGAGGCGUAUCCAACCCAGCGCUGUUUAUGUUUGCGAAGGACAUCGGACUGUGGUUUAAGAGAAUCCCAUAUAAAUCAAUGUUAUUUGACCUACAUCCACACUAAACGGCACACUUUAGCCUAGCUAGCUAGCUAACGUGACCCAUCGAAUAGUUACUGCUGAUGAUUUGGCCAACUUGUGGUUGUCGAGUGUUGUCGCUAACUAUUGGCCAGUUGUGUGUGUAUUUUAUCCAAAAUUAACCAUAAAUAAGAAAGCUACAUAAAUGGAAGUUCAUGUGUAAUAACUACACUGAUUUACAGGCACAGUGUACUUUACAAGUGUGAUGGUAGAUGAAACUUGCUGCAGGAAGACGAGACAAAAUGAAGAUUAAAUAUUCAAGUUUGAAAAUCAGCCUAC